GCCUGUUUUAUGAAUUGUUUCUGAGUUUCUCACUAACAAGUAAAGUAUUCUUUUAUUUUAUAGAUUGUUUUACAACUUUUAACUUUUUUGUUCGAGAGUGGUAUCAUUCAGGAAAAUUAAUCGUUUAAAGUGCGCUCACUCACCCCUAAAAGCUUAAAUGGCGGGAAGUUCGCCAAAUGGAGUCGUCCUUGCUACUGGGGGUUAUGACCACACGAUCCGUUUUUGGCAUGCACACUCUGGAAUCUGCUGUCGCACCGUGCAGCAUCCGGACUCGCAGGUAAACGCACUGGCGCUGAGUUCCAGCAAAGAUCUCUUGGCAGCAGCCGGAUACCAGCACGUCAGAUUAUACGAAGUGAAUUCCCCCAACACGCAACAUGAUCAUUCCUACGAAGGCGUAAGCAAAAACGUGAUUGCUGUCGGUUUCCAGUCGGAUGGUCGAUGGCUGUACAGUGCGGGAGAAGAUGGAACAGCCAGAGUAUGGGAUCUGCGGACGAAUAGCACCAGCUGCCAAAAACUCAACCAAGCCAAUUGUCCCCUCAGUGCCGCUUGCUUGCACCCGAACCAGACCAACCUGCUUUUCUCCGACCAAAAUGGAACGAUAUUCAUAUGGGAUUUGAGGGCGGACAAGACGCAGAAACUCUAUCCGGAAAAAGGCACCAAUGUGGUGGCUCUCGAUGUGGAUCCGGAAGGCGUUUACUUGGCCUGUGUGACAUCCAAAGGCUCACUCUAUGUGUGGUCGAUUUCCGGUUUGAAAUCGGAUCAAAAUGACUUCAAAGCUACCGGAACGAAUUCUUCUCCCAUCACGGCUCAUACAUCAUACGGGUUAAAGGUCCGCUUCAGUCCUGAUUCCACAUUAUUAGUUACAGCGUCAGCGGAUAAGACUGCCAAAAUUUGGAAAACUUCAGAUUUAAGUCAAGUGACAUGCUUCAAAGAUGAGCGGCAACGAUGGGUGUGGGAUGUUGCUUUUUCCUUAGAUUCCGAAUACGUUAUUACCGCAUCUUCCGAUGGAGCUGCGCGGCUAUGGUCAGUGAAAGACCAGACGAUAAAGCGUGAAUAUACCGGGCAUCAGAAAGCUUUGACGUCCAUGGCAUUCGCUGAUUCUGCUGUUUAACCCGUUCCCGUCCAUUCCUGUCAAAUGGCAGGGCGGGGGACUCGUUUUCUACAAGAGCCCGUAACGCACAUAGCUCAUAUUCUUUAGUUAUAUUUCACAAUAGAGACAUUAGGUGUCGUUUUUAAAAAUCGGACUGUCCAACACAGUGUGGUCUGGGCAUGCACCAAGUGACCAAAGGUGCCCAAAAUCUGGAGUUUUGGGUUCGCGAAGGUCUUCGUUGCCCCUGCAGCCUCCCAGCACGAGAUAAUUCCAAAAUAAAUAAUUCAAGCCAAUCUAGCGGCCCUUAUUGCAAAAUCAUUAGAAGACAAGAAAAAUAACUGGACAGCGGACAAGCACGGUCAUCCUAAAAUUUCCUGCCACGUUUGACAGGGAUGGGCAUGGAUCUACUUUAUCAAUAAAACUAUAAAUUCGAUAUAAAAUCUCAAAGGCUUAGUGGAAAGCCACACAGGCAAUCAAAAAUUCGAGCAAAAAGAGUGUUACAAAGGUUGGUAUUUUGGUGGUCAUCGAAAUGACCGGUGGUCACUAAGCUCGAAAAUUUUCAAAAAACGCUUUUUUUGGGCGGAGAAUUUGAAAAACAAUUUACAAAUAAAGUGCAAACAACAUUAACUAACGCGAAUUAUGGACCUAAAAAGUGUUUCGGUUUGAAAAUUCAGAUUUAUAGUAUAUUCGAGAAACGAAUAUGCUACGCAGUAAGCACUAUGCCUAGAGUAGUCCAGGAUUAGAAGAAAUGAUGAGAUUUGAACUGAUGUAAACGUAAAUUCAUGGAAGGUAUUUCACCCAGCCAUUUUUAAAAUUGUACAGCACUUUGUACAAAUUGUCCCUUACGAAUAGGCGUCAUUGAGUUACCAAGCUAUAGCGGAUAAUAGCGGAAAUGACCAUGCGGGAAUAGUUUUUCAUUGCCGGUGCGGCAUACGCCGUAUACUCUAGGAUGUAGGUGAUGCGUUGCGGGUAGUGUCGCUGUGGUUACUGGCUUAUGAACCGCUUAGUGAUGGCUGAGACCGUUUGUAGAGUACCCUCUACAACCUCUAUUCACUAAAAAGGUACCAAACGUCGGCUGAAAACAGUAAGCGGAAAUAACGAAGAUUGGUUACCAUACAGUAUAACGCGAACAUCAGCGGCAAACACCGCAUAUGUACUGCCAGUACUGUACUGGUAUGAGUGGCAAGAAUGCAGUUGUUGUUUCUAUCUAACUGAAAAUCGUUUUCUAUCGUUUUUUACUGAAAAGCGUGGACACUGUAUCUGUUGUAACGCGUGGCGGCCGAAAAGUGCAGUUUUUUAACAAUUUUUGUUAUUACUGACCACUGGUCAUCUCGAUGACCACAACACUGUCUGGAAUUGAAGAGCUUUUUGAGGCCUUUCGUUAAAGCGUUCCCCCGCCCCAGUGCUACCCUCCCAUAACUAUUUAUAAAUUUCGGCGUGCUACCUGCCAAAUGGCAGGAUGCCCAUCCCUGUCAGUUUGGCAGGCUAUCGCCCUGCUUGACCUAUGGUCACAAAAAUUCUCAAAAAAUCAGUUUUUCUUGAUUGAAUUAUUUGGUUCUGGAGUGCCAAUUUUCAAGUUAUUAUUCGCACUCCUUUUGGUAGCUGACUUUGGUGGGUUAACUACAGCUCAACGUAACCAGGGAAUGUUUUAAAUUAUUGUACUGUAGCUUACGAUGCCAAUUUACCGGUCUUAUGUGGCUAGUGGCUGCUUUUUUUAUAUCUUUGACGGUGUUCUGUAGAUGAAAUCCUGUAUUGCAACUAACGAAUUUUAUAAAAAAUUCUAAAUGACAGCUAAUGCUGCAGAUAUUAUUUUCUUGCACAGCAGUCCUGCGUUUCUGUGA